AUGUGUGCGUUUGUGAGGCUGGAUACGGUGGCGAAAAGUGUACCGAAGGUCUGUUUUUUAAGUGCUGACUUAGUUAAUAAGCCUUUACGGGUGAGUUGUGUUCUUGAUUUUAUAGCGCUGUGCGACAGUGCGGUAGCGUGUAGCGGAAAAGGGUUUUGCCUCGGAACCGAGAAAAACAACUUGUGCGUGUGCAGCCGUGGAUUCCGUGGCGAUCACUGCGAAAUUUUGAUGAAUUCCACCGAUAUUUUAAUGCGACAACGCCGUUCGCAAGCGAAAAAACUGCAAUCAGCAUGCGAUCCAUCAGAAUGCAGCUAUAAAGGCCUAUGUAUGGGGACGAAACAAAACUUCCAGUGCCUAUGUUUUCUUGGCCAUUCAGGCCUUAAGUGCCAGAAAAAUAUAUUCGCAGCAGGUAGAAUACACGCUUAA